AUGGCUCAUUUUCCAAUCGGCCGUAUCGGAGCAGGGAUCACGCACGCAGCCACAGAGGAGAUCAGCGCCAUUAUUCAUCCAACCAACAUGACAUCACAGGAUUGCCCAAUUUGGUCUCGCUCGGUUUCUUUCCGUCGAGAACCAACACCUCCAAGGCUCCAUGCGUACAUCAGGACUAGGGAGUUGGCCGACAUUAUCAUUGAUUGCGUAACGUCGCCCUUUUUGACAUGGAAGACGCGCCGAGAACCUGGAUCUACCUCCAGUGAUCACACUCAGCUGAAUACUGGUCAUGCUACAAACCGCGGUCAGAAAGAACAACAUACUGAAAGAUGUGCUAAAAUCGCUGACAACAUAAGUCUCUAA